AUGGCACCUCUGUACCGAUACAAACCCCUUUCGCAUGACGACGAAACCCGGCUCUUGCACCUGGAGCCGGGAUCAGGCGACGACGACAUCCGGUUCACGCUUCACCCAGUCAGACUAAGCGAUAAGCCUUCAUACGAGGCCAUAUCUUACUGCUGGGGUGACGCUGGUGAGAAUUGCGAGGUCUACUGCGAGGAUGAGCUCCUCCUUGUAACCAGCAGUCUCUACACGGCCCUCAGACGCCUUCGAAGGCGUGAUGCUGUCCGAGUUCUUUGGGUCGAUGCCACCUGCAUCAAUCAGCGCGACAUUCCGGAAAAGAACAGGCAGGUCCGGCUCAUGAGCCGUAUCUACUCCCAGCCAAGUGCCGUUCUCAUCUGGCUGGGCGACGACACCUCGGGGCUUGACGGACUCGAUGAAUGCAUAAAGGGGGCACUGGAACUCCUCCCGCCCGAGCAUUUCGAGUUCGAGAAGAUAUACCAAAUUUCGCGCAAAAUCCUCCCUGAAGCUGAGGAGGUGGCUCUCGCAGACGACAAUGUGCCCAGAACUAUUAUAUGCGGAGAUAUCGUGCUUUCGUGGAAGCAAUUGGCCAGUGUGGCCUACAGGAUGGGGAGCUACGGCAUCAUAACGCUUCUUUCUGGACAAUCAACAAUUAACCUCCACGCCCCGUAUAUGCUCGCGUUUGUCGCCGACAAUUUCAGACCUACCUUAAUGCUGAGCGCCGUCUACAUGACGUACUUGGCAACGGUAUACCGUAAACUGACCCUGGUCGACUGCGUUACCGCGACGCCAGUCUUCCAGUGCACAGAUCAGAGAGACCAUCUGUACUCGCUGCUCAGUCUGCCCCAGGAUACCGGCGGUCUCGAAGCGGACUAUUCCCUAUCUAUCGAGGAGGUAUGCAUGAGAUUCGCCGUUACAGCACUAGUCUCCUGCCAGAACCUGAAGCUCCUGUCUCUCGCCCCGCACACCCACUACCCUCUCGCAGGCCAGAAGCAGGAACGCCUUGCGCUUCCCUCGUGGGUUCCCGACUUGACGAGCCAGGGCCUAGUGAACCCUCUCGUCUCCUAUACUAUUCACCCGCAGGUGUUCCACGCUGGGGGAGAUCAAAAGCCCAGCGUCACCGUAUCCGCAGACGGCCGCGUGCUCCAUGUCAGGGGACGGAUCGUCGACCGGGUUGCGAAACUAGUCAGGCCUCUGAACGAAGUACCGUUCCCGACCGAGGAAGAAGUCGCUCCCAAGAGCGGCUUUCAACCUCGCAUGAAGAUGUACGUGAGGGACUGGAUAGGACGUUGUAUUGAGGUAGCUGGUGAAGAACACUGGAAAUGGACAAAAAGCAAAGGAGAGCCGGAGCGGACGCCUAUUGAGGAGACCUACGAAGAGGCCGAGUUGAGAAGGGGGUCCUUGAACUUCUUGGAGACUCUUCUCUGUGGCAUGAUAACGCUGCGGGAUCCCGUACCAGACGAGGUGCUUCAAGCGGCGCAGGUCUAUGUGGCCCACCUCUUUGACUACUUCACGGAUGGCUUUGAGAUGUCCGAGGGGGUCAGGAUGAUGUUGUUGACGUACGGCGCCAUGAUCGAGCACUCGCUCAUCUCUAGCGCCGAUAGCCGGCGCUUCUGUCGGACUUCGCAAGGCCGGCUUGGUCAGGUGCGGAACGAGGCGAGAGAGGGCGAUGUCUUUGUUUGUAUCGUCGGCGCUGAGGUGCCGUAUCUUUUGCGGGCGAGCACAGAGAAGGAGGGAGUUUAUACACUGGUCGGCGACAGCUUCCUCCUGGGCGUCAUGCAGGGCGAGGCGUUCUCAGACCAGCGUUACGAGACGGUCGACAUCGCGAUCGAGUAA